GACGGUUCCGGGCGCCGCACGGUCCCCCCUUCCCGUCCCGUCCCCUCCCUUCCCCCGGUCCCCCCCGCCGGCUGGAGCCCGGCGCCGGCCGCUCCUCCCAUGGCCUCCGCCCCGGAGGACCCCGUUCUGGAGCGGUAUUUUAAGGGCCACAAAGCUGCGAUCACGUCCGUGGACUUCAGUCCCAACGGCAAACAACUUGCUACUGCUUCUUGGGAUACAUUCCUCAUGCUAUGGAAUUGCAAGCCACAAGCUAGAGCUUUCAGAUAUGUGGGUCACAAGGAUGUGGUAACCAGCGUGCAGUUUUCCCCACUUGGAAACUUACUGGCAUCUGCUUCAAGAGACAGAACCAUUAGACUCUGGAUUCCUGAUAAGAGAGGAAAAUCCUCUGAAUUUAAAGCUCAUACAGCUCCAGUUCGAAGUAUAGACUUUUCAGCCGAUGGCCAGUUUCUAGCUACAGCUUCUGAAGACAAAUCUAUCAAAGUAUGGAACAUGUAUCGCCAGCGUUUCUUGUAUUCCUUGUACCGACAUACCCACUGGGUACGCUGUGCCAAAUUUUCACCUGAUGGAAGGCUAAUUGUAUCAUGUAGUGAAGAUAAAACUAUUAAAAUUUGGGAUACCACAAAUAAGCAGUGUGUUAAUAACUUCUCAGAUUCUGUAGGGUUUGCAAAUUUUGUGGGUUUUAACCCUACUGGUACAUGCAUAGCUUCAGCAGGUUCUGAUCAUACCGUGAAAAUCUGGGAUAUAAGAGUAAACAAAUUGCUCCAGCAUUAUCAAGUUCACAGCGGUGGAGUUAAUUGUGUGUCAUUCCAUCCUUCGGGUAACUAUCUCAUCACUGCAUCUUCAGAUGGCACACUUAAGAUUCUGGAUCUCUUAGAAGGAAGACUUAUAUACACACUUCAAGGACAUACGGGACCUGUCUUUACUGUUUCAUUUUCAAAAGGUGGAGACCUAUUUAGCUCCGGAGGUGCAGAUGCACAGGUCUUAUUAUGGAGGACUAAUUUUGAUGGCUUGAAUUGUAAAGACAUUAUUAAAAGAAAUCUCAAAAGAUUACAUUUUGAUUCAUCACCACAUCUUGUUGAUAUAUACCCAAGAACACCACAUCCCCAUGAAGGAAAAAUUGAGACUGUUGAAAUUAAUCCAAAGCUUGAGGUAAUCGAUUUGCAGACUUCUUCUCCCCCUGUUAUGGACAUCCUUUCUUUUGAUUCUACUACAACAACAGAUACCACUGUUAGAACCUUAGCAGACAAAGGUGAAGAGAUCAACAGUUAUUUCUUGAACCCUUCUUUAUUGUCAUCGGAAUGUUCACCAACAACCUCGAAAAAGAAAACAGAAGACACGAGUGACUUCCCUUCUGAGAGCCAGAGAAGCAUACCACUCGCCGUGACUGAUGCUUUAGAGCACAUCAUGGAACAACUCAGUGUUUUGACACAGACUGUUUCAAUCUUGGAGCAGCGACUGACUUUGACAGAGGAUAAGCUGAAAGACUGCCUUGAAAAUCAGCACAGGCUUUUCAAUGCUAUCCAGCAGAAAAGUUAAAUAGAAAAGUAUGAGCAGAGGCAUGAUAAACGAACACAUGUACAUAGGCUCGGGAAGGUAGUACGAGACGCUCCCUUCAUGCAACACAACCAUGUGCUGAUUAUAAUGAUCAUGGCAUCUCUUAAAAGGGUGAGCAACAGAACCAAAGGCAGAAAAGGCACAAUUAACGACCAAUUUAAACACACAAAUCAAUGUCAAGGACUAAUUCAAAUCAUUACUGAUUAUAAUUGCACUAAUAAAGUGGUAAGUAUUCAAGUGGCUCUAUAUUUUCCCCCAUAUUAUUUUAAAUGCCAGUUUUCAUUUAUAGUCCAAAUCCUGCCAGGAAAGUAAAUCAAAUCUUUGAGUUUCAUUGUUAAAUCAUUGCAGUUAAUCACGUUCAGGCAAUUCCUUAAAGCAAUGGAUGUGUUUCUUUAGUGAACAACACCGUUGGGGUGAAGUAAUACAGUUACCUCUAAAACAGCAUCCUGUAUGCAGACAAUGAGUUAGUGCUCUGACUCAUAUUUCUUUUAGCUCAAAAACAUUUAUUCUUUCUUAACAAUGCCCUGAAAUGCUGAUCUUACAAAAUUCCCAAAGUGUAGAAUUUCCACAGCAAGAACACGCUUAUUUUAAUUAGCAACAGCACAUACGUGGCACAGGGCGGUGGGUUGUUACUUAACUUGUGUUGUACAUGGCUUAUCCUUUGCUCAACCUGAAAGAAAAUGAAGAGCUAAAAAUGCGAGAAGCUCACGCGUCUUUCCUCUCGUAGAUGAGUGCACUGAAUGAUUUGGGUUGUGUCCAGACCUAAGCCCUGGUUUACAAAGCCGGCAUUAAGAGUGGUUUCAGUAAACUCUGGAGCUUGAAAGAUGCAACGGUGAUAUUUACAAAUACACACACAUGUACAUUCACAUGCUUCAGAAAUGUUGCUGAGGGUGAUUUUGGCAGCUGAGUAAUAAGUCCGUAUAAUAUUCACAUCAUUGUCUUCCUAUUUUUUCUUUAAAUGAAUGUGAUUUAAAACAAAAUGAAAUUGAGCCUGGCCUUCUAAAAAAAUGCUUAGGGUGAUUUGGUUACAAAUUAAGAAUUUUGUUUUAUCUAAAACAAGGGAUUAAAUUGAAGAAAAACAGAUUAAUAUUAGCUUGUUUUUCUGUUAACCUAAAUCAAGAACAAAGAAGGUGGGGGAGGGCAGUCACAUUUAUGCUGUCUGUAGGUAACAUGGGGAAAAUGUUUUGAAAAAGAAGCAAAAGUCAAAUCCUAUUUAUGUACGAGUCUGUAUUUAUAAAUUUUUCCCAAAUAAUUUCAAUCAUAUCUAUAAGGUGGUUUUUAAAAAAAUCAUCUCAUUCUGUGUUUUAAGUGCCUUUUUGUAUUGUACUAAGUGUGAACUUGUAGACAUUUUCAAGAGUUCAUAAAGACUAAGUGGUAUUGUAUUUUUAUAACCUUGUACAAAAGACCAAGAAAUGAAAUGUCAUAAUGUUUUUUGUUUAUAAUUUCUUAAGCCUCAACCAAUAAAGACACUUUACCUUUAA